AUGCUCUUUCCCAUCUCUUCAUUCGUUUGCAUUUUCUUUUUGUUUUCCUCUUCUCUCUCUUUCUCCUUUCGUUCCUUUUUUCUUUUAACUCUCUUUUUCCUUUCGUCUCCUUUUUCUUUUAGCUUUCUUUCUUCUGUCGCUUCCAUCUUUAUCUUCUUUUAUCUCUCUUUCUUUAUUCUUUUCCAUUUUCUUUUUCCUUUACAUCUCUUCUUCUUCUUCUUCCUCUUUCUCUUUUACCUCCCUUUCAUCUUUAAUUUCCAUUUUUUUUCUUCUUUUACCUCUUUCUGUUUUCGUUGUCAUCUUCGUUCUGUUAUUAUUUUCUCUCUCUUUCUUCCUCCAUUUACAUUUUCUUUUUUGCCUCUCUUUCGAUUCCACCUUCUUCUUUUACCACUCUUUCUCCUUUUGUCACUGUAUCCUUUUUUUCUCUAUCGUUUCCAGUUUCAUCUUCUUUUACCUCUUUUUCUUCUUUCGUUUCCAUUUAUUUUUUCCUUUACAUCUCUACUUCUUCUUCUUCUUUUACCUCUCCUUCUUCUUUCGUUACCAUCUUUCCCUUUUACCUCUAUUUUUUCUUUCGUUUCUAUUUUCUUAUUAUUUUACUUCUCUUUUUCUUUCGUUUCCAUUUUCAUCAUCUUUCACAUCUCUUUCUUUUUUCAUUUCCAUCUUUUUGUCUUUUCAUAUCUAUCUAUCUAUCUAUCUAUCUUAGUCUGUUCAUAUCUUAGUCUGUUCAUAUCUAUCUAUCUAUCUAUCUAUCUUAGUCUGUUCAUAUCUAUCUAUCUUAGUCUGUUCAUAUCUAUCUAUCUAUCUAUCUAUCUAUCUAUCUAUCUAUCUUAUAUCUUCUACUGUUGUACCGGCAACCAGUUGAACUCCCUCUACAAAGAAUUGAUUUCCAAAUCGAAGUAUAUUUUCUUUCUUUCUUUUUUUCUUUCUUUCUUUCUUUCUUUUUUUCUUUCUUUCUUUCUUUCUUUCUUUAACUUUAUGCAAGAGCAUGUAAUACUCUCUCUCUCUCUCUCUCUCUCUCUCUCUCUCUCUCUCUCUCUCUUUCCUCCUCUUCUCUUAGACUGUAUCACCAUUUUCUAUUGUAAUAUCUCAUCCCUUCUACUUCGCGUUCAUCGAAUAUUUCCAUCCACUUUAGUUUGUUUAUAUGCCGAUGGCGCCCCACCCCACACAAAACGCCUCUUUGUCAUCAACCUAUAA